UUAUUUUUGAGAGAGAGAGAGAGUGGGGGAGGGACAGAGAGAGAGGGAGGCAGAAUCUAAAGCAGGCUCCAGAGCCCGACUAGGGGCUCAAACCCACGAACUGUGAGAUCAUGACCUGAGCCGAAGUUGGAUGUUUAACCGACUGGGCCACCCAGGUGCCUCACUACUUUUAGAAUCUAACCAUUUCUAAAAGAAUCAAUAUAGUCACUAGUGUCUCCUUCAAAUUUUAAGCAGCAGUUUAACCAAAUGAUUUAACAUGGAUGUUGCACAGUGCCUCGUUCUGUGGUUCUCAGCCUUCAAAAUGCCUAAGACUCACUGGGAACAAGAAACUGCAUUUUAGCAGGUUUCUCAGUUGAUUCUGAUGCCAGUGGUCCCGACUCCACUUUGAGAAGCAUUGUCCCCAAAAGUGCUAAGGAGUGAAAAAAGAAUAUAAACUUUGAGGUAAAACAUUGUGAGGCUGCCAAUAGAGGAGGGAGCCUCUUUACUGUCGGAGUUUUAACUUGGACCCGUUCUCCUGAUACUGGAGGGAUUUUCUUCUAGUGCACCUGAAAUGGAUUCUAAAUCCUUUGAGUUUCUUCUAAUUUAUUUCUUAAUCCUUUCAUAUGCAGCUGUUUUCUCAGAUCUGUGGCUUAUUCCCUCUGUGUCUCUGAUAUUUUACUUUACAUUGUGUUGCCAUUUAAUAAGAAUCUUUUUUAUGUAAGUCCCAAAUGAGGUUAUAAGGCAGGGAGGCGGGGGGAGGUGGGGGAGGCCGGCCAGAUGAAGAGGGGGCUCAGAAGCCCCUGCUUGGCUUUGCUUACUUUGCCCUCUACAGCACCAGACUGAGCGCCUUCUGCCAAGGUGAGACCAGUCUAUAGUUACCAUAAAAGGGGAUUGUUUUCGGCUGUUCCCCAGAGAGUAGGAGAGGCCAAAAUUCUGGCUCAGGUGAAAUCGGUCUGAAAUGAAUAUUAAGGACAGACUUAGAGCAGAAAAGAAGUCACAGAACACAUCAGACAAUUCAGCGGGUGCUCAGAGAGUAAAGUGCCCUGGACCCACAUCUCCCUCUGGUCCACAUGACACAACUCAGUGGUCACCUCCUUGGGGAACCUUCUUGAUUUCCUGGUAUCCCCUCCUAGGACACGUUCGGUGCUUCUCUGUGCUGAGUAGAUUGGAGGUCACGAAGGUACAUAUUCCCAGUGCUGAGCCCAUAAGAGCCACUCCGUGGUAUGUUUUCAGAGAGAAGCGCAAUUAUGUAUGCAGAUGAGCACUGUGUCCUACAGUCCUUUUGGGAAGAGCCCUUUCAAAUGGCUUCUUUGUCCCUGAGUAUGGAGCCCAAGGACACGUGGUUCGGGGAUGUAACUCUCAUUGUACUCAUUUCUUCUGAAGACAACUGCUGCUGGAGGUCACUGUGAUUGAGUCCUGGGCCAGACCAGAUGUCAGAUGUGGGGAGACAAAUGGCCACUGGCUUUGCAAUGCCCUAAUCCUGUGGUGGCCCUGGUUACUGCUUUGCUGUCAUUCCACUGUGCCCAAGUGUACCUUGGAUGUAAUGAACUUUCCAGAGGAGGAAACCAAUGUUUUGUCAUUUGCGUUAUUGUCUGCGGAAGUAUUUAUACCUCAUGUAGGUAUUUAUAAUUCUCUCCUCAUCACUGAAAAGCCUGUGGGGCAUAGAUAUUAGAGACCAUAACUUGUAAGAAUGUAGAAAACAUUUCUUGGCUUCAACCCUGAAAUUUCUAUCCUCUUUGUGCCUUCAUCCCCACAGUUCAGCCAACGUUGAAGCUUGAGAGUUUUUUUCUCUUUUCCUUCCUCUUCAGUGCCUGUGGACGACCAGGCAUUCGUGACAUACACUGGGGGUUGGGAUCCCUACCACAUAUGUGGUUACCCACAUUUCAUUUAGUACAUUCUGAGAGCACCGUGGCCUUGAUAAUUUAUGUUUCUGCACUCUAAUUGCACAUUAUUUUUCUAGCAGCUAUCAAAGGUUUCAGCUAGCAAUUGAAACUUGAUAAGUGUCAUGGCUCUUCAUUGCUGGAAUGAUUAAUCCUGAUGUUCAAGACCUGAGCCAAGCCUAUUUCUUUUAAGACAAAUAGCACACACACAGUAAACCCCAAACUUAAGUGUUCCGAGUUCACUCUGAAAGUAGAGCACAUUCAGGCCUUUGGAACCGCAUUCUCAGAACUUCCACAGCCCCUUUCUCCCUUGAUAAAAUGAGCAAGCCAGUCUUCACUCUCCCAGUGUGGGGAUUCUGCCAGUUGCUGGGUCUGUGUAUUCCAAUUAUAUAUUCUGGAGCUGGAGACUAACCAUGGGAUGGGCUCUGUGACCCACUGGAUAGACUGUGAGAUGGCUCUGAGCUAAGAAACUCCAUUGAUCACCUGAACUCCAUUUAGCACCUUCUCGGAUUGGUGGGCCACCAGUGACAUUUUGGAUCUCCUGGAAUUAGUGCCAAUUCAGAGCUGCUGCCUGGUAGUCCCUCGAAGGUCUGAUUAUUUCCUUUUCCCUAAUUCACAUUCCCCCUAGUGAAAGGCUGUAGGUCCCUUUGGAGGAAGGCUGGGAGAAAGAUUAAUAGUAUGAAUUUUUGGCAAUCUACCAGGGUCCUUCCUCAAGGGGAUCCAGUCUCGCCUUCAUUUAAGGGGUUCUGGGCCUAUAAAUUGGUUUAAGCACGGGAAUUGAUGGAGAGGCCAUGACUUUUUAUGAUUCAGGUUAGACUUUUGUCCCCUUGACUCACAUAUUCUCUGCUUCUACAGAUUAAGUAAGAAUUUAGUAGGCUUUCUAUCUUUUUCACUUGUAGUUGACUCCAGGAGUCUCUGUGAAUCCAACUAUUCUGAUUGGUCUUUGACGCUGCUGUCCAUAUGGUAACCAUACUGCACUAGAAAGUACUUAGAGUCUUUGACUGGCUGAAGGGCUGACCUGUCUGCUCCCUUAGACACUUCAGUGAACUGGCUUGGGGAAGCAACACAGGCGAGAGCUUCGCAGCCACAAUGAUCGAAGUUGAAAUUACUCAUCAUCUCCUUGCUAUGGGCAAAUUCAUUAAGCUCUCGUGACUCCUGUUCCCUCCUGUAUAAGUGGAAAUGGUGCUCAUGUGUUGUCACAGUAAAAUGAAAAUGUCCCCAAGGAAUGGAGUUCUUUGGGCUCCAGCAGGUGUGAAGUAGAUAUGAAUGGGUGUACAUGUUUUGAACCUCUUCUCCAAAAUUGUGUGUUUAAGCCUGUUGGUUGGAUGGAAGGGAUGGAGUUAGGAGUCACAAAUGGACUUACAGGAUGCACUGUUUGUGGUUAGCUUCCCAUUCUCUUCAGGUUUGCUGAAGUCCCUCAAGUACGGGCUCGAUUUUAACUGUUGUAGGAAAAAGUGCCAUUUUGUUAAAAAUAAGUAAUGCCUACAAAAGAAUUUCACAUUUCCUGUCCUCUGCAUUAGGACUUAAAUUUCAAGUUUACUAUGUUUUCAAGAACCAGUGUUUGAUUCCUGGGUCCUAUUUUUCUGUCUUUAGAGAAAUAAAGUUUGUAUGGGACAGGUGACCUUCUUAGUACUUAGCUGAUGCUGUGGAAAGUCUUGUUUGUGGACUCUGUUUGUGGACUUCAUUAAUUGACUCAUUCUUCAAACACUCAAUGCCAGGGAAGUGUGAUACACAGGGAGGGACUUGGCUUCCUCCAGGGGACACCCAUAAUACAGGGUGACUAAUACCCCCACGUAGGCACUGACCACUGUCACUGUUGGCCAAAGGCCUGCUUUAUGGAAGAUGUACCUGGUGAGCUCCGUGGCUCGGGUGGUCCAGGCAUGGAAUUUGGGAUCAAGAGGCCAUGGUCUUGGUUCCAUGGCUGCUAGGACUAUAAUCUGUGGCCUCCCUUGGUUGCCUCAGUUUCCUUAGCUAUACUGUGGAGGGAGGCUGCUAGAUACGAUGGAUCAAUCCCAAGCAAAAAACCAUGGAGCAGCUGCUUCAGAAUCAUCUCAGCAGUUAACAAAAUUAAAAUCUGGGCCCUCAACCUCAGAAUUUCUGAUUCUGGGCAGGUUCUGGAAUUUGUAUUUAUACAAGGACUCCCUGCCCUGGCUGAUUUUCAUAUGAAGCAUCCUUUGGAAGGCCCUGGAUGACUUCUAGCUUCCCCUUCUUCCCUAUAGCUCCACUCCUCAUCUUUACAACCUAACACCCUCUUAAAUAUCUCCUUCAGAGGGCCUUUUUGACCUCUGACUGAUUGGCUCUUUAUAGGGAAUUAGGCCUUGCCUCCGUGGAAAAAACAAAACAAACAAAACCCGAAAAACUUUAACAUGACUCAUCACUGUGUACUUGUGUAUGUUUUUGUCUCCCAUAUUGGCUCUGGAGCUUCUGAACGUUAUGAUGGCACUGUGUUGGCCAUUGCAUCUUCUGUGUCCUGCCCACUGCUUGGCAUGGAGAAUACGCCUAAAGGGGGGGUGUUCACAGGGCAAGAUGGGAGAGUGGGAAAACCGUAGAGUGGCUCCUUUCACUGCCUGUUAACACUCCUUGAAGAGGUUUCAUGGAUGUUUCCAAAAAAUCACUCCAGCAUCUUUGGGAUUGCCCAUUGAAUUGCUUAAUUUGCGUCGGCUCUGGCACCCAAAUACCUGCCUGUUACAGAGGAGCCUGCAUCCCUCCUUUAGCCUCAAGGCCCCAGGAUGGACGUGGGAUUGCUGAAAGAAGCGGGGACAAGGAGACACGUUGGAAACUGACAGCUUAAACUCAGGUGUUUUGCAAACACAGGGACUUCCGAGAUAUUAGUUGGCAUUCGCCUCUCUUUACCUCCUGCCUUCCCCAAUUGAAAAAGACAACCCACAAUACGUGGGCCCCAAUUCUCCUGAGGACAGAAUGGAGUCACACUGAGAAAAGGGAAGUUGGUUUCCUGGUCGCCCUCCCACUCAGGAGUUCUGGGUGGCGCCAUCCCACACUAUUUGCAUCACUGAACUAUACACAUUGCCAAGUCUGCAUCUUAAAUUUAAACAUUUGGAUGCUGGUAAAGAAAGCCUGAGGGAAAAGGUAACAUUUCACCCGAAGCCGUGCGUAAGCACUGUACAUCGUAUGUUUUACUUCUGCUUUUGGAUUAAGGACAGAACGUUAAUUAAAAAGUAACAAAGCUCAUUUUCUGAGCAGCAAUUAAUUUGUGUUCACUCUGCUUUUCAUCUGUCGAGUCUUUGAAUUUUUGAAAACAUAAAGGCUGUAAAAGAUCUCCUAGGGGUCUUUCCAGUGUGCAUUCCCGUCUGAUUGUUUUGAUCUUUAGGCUACAUAUUGACUUGGAAAAGGAACCAGUGUUAUAAGAAGAAAUGUCAUCGCAACGAUCUGGUUUCUGAUUGUCCUUUGGAUGGCGCAGAGGUGAUAGGGCUCCAAGCAUAUGCUCUUGUUGUUUAUUGGUUCUGCCCAGUCCCCGUCCAGAGUCCAGUGUUCCGUUUAGUCAAAACCACUAAGAAGCAACAUAACUGGAUUCAUUAGCCUGAGUUCUGAACGCUCCUCUGAAGAGUUAUUUUUGUAUCAUACAAUUUUAAUUUUUGGGGACAGGCUGUACCACUUUCCAGGUGCCAAAAGUGAUCACUCAGAUUUUUUUAUUAGGUACUAUUUUAGCUUCAAAAAUAUUUUAUUUUUUAUGGACUGCUUUGUGCCUUUGACCCAGUUCUCUUUUCCCUGGGAUGUGUGCCCUAAGAGGAUGACAUUUAUGUUAACAAUACCUGGAAUAUUAAUUCCUUUCAAAUGAAAUCACUGUCCCCAUCCUCCUUCAACACACACACACACACACACACACACACACACACAGCUUCCCAAACAUGCAUCCUUCAUACUGGUAAAAUGUGUUUAGAGUACAUAUGGGGAAAACUGAUUUUUCUCCCUUUUGCAGCAGGGGGAGGAAUGUACAGAAGUCUUGUGAGAGGUAGCUGGAGUAAUCGAGGGCCCCCAGUUGGCAGACCUGGACCCUGUUGUCUGUAUUGCUCCUUGUGGAGGGAUUUUCAUACUCAUGGUGGCCGUGCCAUGAAGGAAGGACCACAGACAGACCCUGUAGAAAUAAAAGAGAGUGUGCCGUUUGCAGAAGUGAGCUGUCAGCAGCCAUCUCCUCUAACUGUAAUUUGCUACAGCCUAGAAAUGAACAAGUGACAGCUAUUAAAAGGGCUUUAGAAUAAUUGCAGGUAAGAGUGAAGAUAUUAUAGAAAAGGCAUUUUAUGCCACUUAUACUUGUUUUCUACUCAGGGAAGGGUUGAAAAUAUUUGCAGGCCAUAACAUGUUUACAAAACAAAAUAGAAUCCUUGGUCAUUUUAUUUAUGACUAGUCUACAGUGUUCAUGGCUUCUUUCUUCUUUUCUUUUUUUUUCUUCCAUGUCCUAGUGGCUUUGGUUUAGCUGACAUCUGAAGGAGGGCGGUAUCACAUUGGAGGGAGCCAUGACACAUUCUCAGCAUUGGUCGCUGCCAAGGGGGUGUAGACACGUGUGGCCGUCUGCACUGUAGGAUCCCGGUUCUAUAAGCUUUGGACUCCCUGGGAUUACCAUGCCGCCCCCCGCGGACAUCGUCAAGGUGGCCAUAGAAUGGCCCGGCGCCUACCCCAAACUCAUGGAAAUCGAUCAGAAAAAACCACUGUCUGCAAUAAUAAAGGAAGUCUGUGAUGGGUGGUCCCUUGCCAACCAUGAGUACUUUGCACUGCAGCACGCCGAUAGUUCCAACUUCUAUAUCACAGAAAAGAAUCGCAAUGAAAUAAAAAAUGGCACUAUCCUUCGAUUAACCACAUCUCCUGCUCAAAACGCCCAGCAGCUCCAUGAACGAAUCCAGUCGUCAAGUAUGGAUGCCAAGCUGGAAGCCCUGAAGGACUUAGCCAGCCUCUCCCGGGAUGUCACAUUUGCCCAGGAGUUUAUAAAUCUGGAUGGCAUCUCUCUCCUCACGCAGAUGGUCGAAAGCGGCACCGAACGAUACCAGAAAUUGCAGAAGAUCAUGAAGCCUUGCUUUGGAGACAUGCUGUCCUUCACCCUGACAGCCUUUGUUGAGCUGAUGGACCAUGGAAUAGUAUCCUGGGAUACGUUUUCAGUGGCGUUUAUUAAGAAGAUAGCAAGUUUUGUCAACAAAUCGGGCAUGGACAUCUCAAUCCUGCAACGGUCCUUGGCCAUUUUGGAGUCAAUGGUGCUCAAUAGCCAUGACCUCUACCAGAAGGUGGCUCAGGAGAUCACUAUUGGACAACUUAUCCCACAUCUUCAAGGGACAGAUCAAGAAAUCCAAACCUAUACCAUUGCAGUGAUUAAUGCACUUUUCCUGAAGGCUCCUGAUGAGAGAAGGCAGGAGAUGGCGAAUAUUUUGGCUCAGAAGCAGCUUCGUUCCAUCAUUUUAACAAAUGUUAUCCGAGCUCAGAGAGCCAUCAACAAUGAAAUGGCACACCAGCUGUAUGUGCUACAGGUGCUUACCUUUAACCUUCUAGAAGACAGGAUGAUGACCAAGAUGGACCCCCAGGACCAGGCUCAGAGGGACAUCAUAUUUGAACUUCGAAGAAUCGCUUUUGAUGCAGAGUCUGAACCUAAUAACAGCAGUGGCAGCAUGGAGAAACGCAAGUCCAUGUACACACGGGAUUAUAAAAAACUUGGCUUCAUUAAUCAUGUCAACCCUGCCAUGGACUUUACCCAGACCCCUCCUGGGAUGUUAGCCCUGGACAAUAUGCUGUACUUUGCCAAGCACCACCAGGAUGCCUACAUCCGGAUUGUGCUUGAGAACAGUAGCCGGGAGGAUAAGCAUGAAUGUCCCUUUGGCCGCAGCAGCAUAGAGCUGACCAAGAUGCUGUGUGAGAUCUUGAAAGUGGGCGAGCUGCCUAGUGAGACCUGCAACGACUUCCACCCAAUGUUCUUCACCCAUGACAGAUCCUUUGAGGAGUUUUUCUGCAUCUGUAUCCAGCUCCUGAACAAGACAUGGAAGGAAAUGAGGGCAACUUCUGAAGACUUCAACAAGGUAAUGCAGGUGGUGAAGGAGCAGGUUAUGAGAGCUCUCACAACCAAGCCUAGCUCCCUGGAUCAGUUCAAGUGCAAACUGCAGAACCUGAGCUACACCGAGAUCCUGAAAAUCCGCCAGUCUGAGAGGAUGAACCAGGAAGAUUUCCAGUCUCGCCCGAUUUUGGAACUAAAGGAGAAGAUUCAGCCAGAAAUCUUGGAGCUGAUCAAACAACAACGCCUGAACCGCCUUGUGGAAGGGACCUGCUUUAGGAAACUCAACUGCCGACGGAGGCAAGACAAGUUUUGGUACUGUCGACUUUCACCCAACCACAAGGUUCUGCAUUAUGGAGACUUGGAAGAAAGUCCUCAGGGAGAAGUGCCCCACGAUUCCUUGCAGGACAAAUUGCCGGUGGCAGAUAUCAAAGCGGUGGUGACGGGGAAGGACUGCCCUCAUAUGAAAGAGAAAGGUGCCCUUAAACAAAACAAGGAGGUGCUUGAACUUGCUUUCUCGAUCUUGUAUGACUCAAACUGCCAGCUGAACUUCAUAGCUCCUGACAAACACGAGUACUGUAUCUGGACAGAUGGGCUGAAUGCGCUGCUGGGGAAAGACAUGAUGAGUGAGCUGACCCGGAAUGACUUGGACACCCUGCUCAGCAUGGAAAUCAAGCUCCGCCUCCUCGACCUGGAAAACAUUCAGAUCCCCGACGCACCUCCACCCAUCCCCAAGGAGCCCAGCAACUAUGACUUCGUCUAUGACUGUAACUGAAGUGGCCGGGCCCAGAAGCACCCCCUCCAUAACUGGAAAAUCUAGCUAAUGGGAGAGAAGAAUGAAAACACACCCACGCCUUGGAACCCUCUCUCGGUCAAGAGAAGCUGUGGGUCAACACUUUCUUUGGCCUCGCCUCUAGCCCCAGAGUUCUUCUGCCCCUACCUGGCAUCCUGCUCACUGCCCUGAUUCUGUUUCUAGACUCCAUUGCUUUAGGUCACUUCCCAUGCUACAGUCUACUGGUGGGAGCAGAGCAAAACCCACCGCCAAUAAGAGAUCCAAAGGGCCCUUCCGUCCUAUCCCCCAGCAGGCACAUCCUCUCUCCCCGGAAUGUGCAAGCCGGCAGCUCCAGACUGCCCCCAAACCUGCCCGCCAGACGGAAGGGAGUGCCCCAGUGCUUGCGUCUGGAAGAAACAGCCUAGCUUCUCGAGAAGACCAAACACCACCUCCUCGUUCCCUUUCUCUCUAGAGUCCGCUCACACCACCAGUUCCAUGUGAAUGGAAAUCAGCUUCCAAAUCCCUUCCCUCCUCCGUCCAGGCCUUUGCCUCGUGCUGUUCCUCUCUGGUCCCAAGAGCAGCAGCAGCAGCCUCGUCCUAGCUUUCGCCAGCACCGGGUCUCCCGGACACAGUCCCAGGUCCCAUGCCCACUUCACAUCUGCACUGUGACUGUGACCUACCUUCCUUCCUCGCCAGCUAGUCUUGGGUGUCCUCUCUCUGCCCCAGCCCACACCUGCCUUCUUCAUGCCUCACACCUUUCUGGCCCCUUCGCUGAAAGCACAAAUGGUGAAAUCAGUUGUCGUCCCCAUCUCUAAUAUACUAAACCUAAUGCCUCUGUGGCAGGCGGCCCCUGUCUAAAGGUUUGGUGUUACCUUGUGCUGGGGGUUCUGCUGCAAACAGGCUCCACGGGAUGGUCAAGCUGUCAGACAUCCAAGUUUACAUCACUGUAAUUAUUACAAGUAUUGACAAUUUGCAAGGGUUUGGGGUUGUUGUUUGUUUGUUUUUUUUUUUUUGCUUUGUUUUUGUACAAAAGAGUCUAACAUUUUUUUGCCAAACAGAUAUAUAUUUAAUGAAAAGAAGAGAUACAUAAAUGUGUGUACUUUCAAGGUUUUUUUUAAUUAUUAUUUUAAUCCUAAACAUCUUCCUGAGAAUAACAUUCCCUUACACAUGCUGUGGAAUAAAAUUAAUUGUGAUGAGUUGGGGAGCCUGUGUUUUGAUUUGGUAACUUAGGUGCUUGCUACUCGGUCAUAAGCUUCACUCGUGAGCUUGUCAGAAAUGUGGCAUCUUUGGCCCCACCCCAGCCCUCAGAAUCAGGUGAUUCACGUCCCCCACUGGCUGAGGGGACUUAACCACUGCUAUGUCACCGUAGACUCUGAGCAUCAAUAAGGAAUGUUAUUUCUAAGAAGAUCAUCUCAACUGAUAGAGAAAAUCAGACCCACUAUGUGAAAAUAUGGCUAUUUAUGUUACACUGUUGCCUCCUGACCAGGACUUUUCCUCUUUUAUUUUUUUCUUCCUUACCAUUGUAUAAUGUAUAGAACUGGCCAAAUUCAACACAUCAUACUUUGAGGGAGCACAUUUAGCUAUGAAAAAGAAUGCAAACCCAUGGACCGGAAAUAAAUUAAGUCAAAACUAAAUAAGCCUAACUAUGAGUUAAUAAGAUAUGGGUCAGAGCCCAGCAAAGGAUUUUUCUGAGGUCAGUUUCCACUGGAGGUGUAUCUGGAUCAUAAACUCUGAGGGCCGGAAGGGAUGUCAGAAAGGUCCAAGCGUGCAAAUUAAGCAUGGUUGCAGCACAAGUCACUCUGGGCUUGCUGCAGAAGUGUUAGAUGCCUUCAGGUCACUGCUCUUUACCAUCAUCAAGAUGUGCAAUUACAGACUGACUUGAGAUGACAUGGUCCAGAGCCCUCCAUAAAUUGCAGGGGAAAAAAAGUCCUUUAGAAUCCAUAGUAAUUCACAGGCGAUUAUGCUUCCCAUCAGAACACUCACACCUGACUGUCAAGUAGAUGCUUCCUUUGUCAUUAAGCGUUAAUGACGUUAACCCACCUGUCCUUCCUGUCAGGCACACUUAUUGAUCCAGCCAUCAUCAUGAUAAAAUGAUAAAUAUUAGGUAAAAGAAAGUAGACAGAGUCAUACUAUUUUUACUUUGAAGUUACCAGAUCUGUCCUUGAAAGGGGAAUUCUUUGGAUCAAGGUAUCUGAGGUCCUGACUCCAGGUUUAAGAGACUGAUCUGUCCUAGAACCCUUGCUGGGAAGAACCAGCCCCUGUCUUUUUUGGCACUCGUGCUUUGGUACAUUAAAUAGAAACUAACCCUUUCUCGACUAUGAAGAGAGCGUUCUCCUAACUCUCCUUAGACCCCCUUCCUCUGCGGAUGGAUGAGAUCCAGAGUAUGACACCAUUUUUUCAUUUUGCAACAAUAUGAAGCAGGGUUGCUGUCAAUAUUUGGACAGCUCAUCUUGUGUGUCUUGACUGACAACGCUUCCCACACAGCAAGCCUUCCCCUCCAGCUCAGCCCCUGCAGCCUCAGGUUUCCAAGCCUGGAUGGAUAAAUUGGCCAAAGCCAGGGAGGGGUAAAGUAGGAAGCCCAAUUUUAUCAUCAGGUCUACACUGCAUUCCCCAGUUCAGCUUUACCUGCAAUAAAACUGGUCAUUGCAUUUGAAUCUGCUGAUAUUUUAAUUCCUGUCUAAUUUUUUAUUUAGAACCUAAAGCAGGAAGGAUAAUUAAUUGGCCCCCUCAGACUCAACUACUUACAAGGGUAGAAAAACCUAACAGUCAUUGGAAAGGAAAAGUACCAGACUAAUGUUUCUUGAGUCUAUUUGCAAAUCCAUCCUAAGCCAUCUUCCAAUUCUCAAAUAAAGCAUGUCCUACUACCUGCUCUUACAAUGAACUCAGCAGGUAUUCCAAUGACAUACCUUCCUUUCAUCCGUUUUGUUAUAGUUAUGCGAUAUUUUACAAUUAAUAUAAACCUUUAGCUUGAAGGAAAUGAAAUAUCCAUACCCUAAUAAAAAAAAGUGCUUAGAGCUAAGCACUAAGAAUAUAACAAGAAUAAAAUAUAUAAAUCUAGAGUUUGCAAAAAUAAGAACGAAAUCUGUAAGAUCAGAAACGUAUAAUCAAGCUAGUCAAAUACAAAACAAAUAAUUGCAGCACAGUGUGACAAAUAGUACUAUAUAAAUAUGUACAAGGUAGAGAACUAGAAAGGAGCUUGUGCUCAACACUUUUGAUAAUGGGAUUAAGUAAAGCAAGAAAAGAAUAGAUAUUUGAGUCUGGUCUCAAAAGAGAGCAGAUGUUCCCCAUGCAAGAGACGAAUACUCCAGGCAGAGCAAAGUGUACAGGGCAUGGAAGCAUGAAAACCCAUGACCGUUCACAAAGCCAUAAGUCACUAGGUGUGACUGGUAUGUAAGAUGCAUAUGGGAGAGACUACUGCAGAGGAGUGAGACACAAAUCAUGAAAAUCAUGACAUAGCUUGCAGGGGACUUUUACCUGAGGGCAAGAGAGCGCAGUCAGAGGAGGGAUGUUGUCAGAUAUACCAUUCGGAAAUAUCACAAUGACAAAACACCCAAGUAGGGGAAAGACAGGAGCAGGAGAAAUUGAAAGCAGAGAUGUUAGCAAAAAGUGAAUGGAAAUAGUCUCAAGCCAGAACCACUGUGCCCAGACUCCGGUACAGGCGAUGGCAAAGAGGAGAGCAAAGGUAUAGAAGAGGCAGGAUAGCUGUCUGAAGUCAUGGAGAGAAAAGAAUGCAAAGGACUCCUGGGCUUCUGGAAUGAAUAAGCAGAUAACAGAGCUGUUUGGCUCUAAAAUCAGGAAGAGAGGAGGAACAGGAGAUUGUAGGAAAUGAUAAGAUGAGAUCAUAAACUGGGUUUGUUGGACUUCUCUAAACAAAGAAAGAAAAUCUUGAGACAGUCAUUUAACCACUGUGAGGCUGCUUACCUCAUUAAUAAAAUGGAAAUCUCAUUACUUGAGAAUACUGUGGAUGGGGCGGCUAGAACCAU